UCACUGACCUCUGGAGAAUUCCAGAGCUUGAGGAAUCUUUCCACGCCAACUAUAAAAGAAAAAGAUGAUUCCCUCACCUCUGCGUUCUUUCUGUAGGCUUGAGUCAAGAACUUUGAGUCAUCUUGAUAAUACCAGAUUGGAAGCCUAAAGCUUCGGAAAAAAAAAAGAGAGCAGAACUUUCAGGAAAACUGACUAUCGACAACAUGGCAGAUGUGAAGUCAACGUUCCGAGAGGUUCUUCCAAAACAAGGCCAAUUGUCUGUGGAAGAUGUAACCACGAUGGUGCUGUGUAAACCCAAACUUUUACCCUUAAAAUCUAUGACUCUGGAAAAACUGGAGAAAAUGCAGCAAGCAGCACAAGAUACCCUUCGCCAACAGGAAAUGGCAGUAAAGAAAAACAGGAAAAAGCCUACUGACUAAUAAACUUACUGCUU